ACAGUACUGCCACCUAGCGUCGAAAUUUAUUCAUAUAAAUAAUCCAGUAUUUUGAUAUUACCAACAGUAACGACGCUUCUUUCUCUUUCUUGGCGCUUAUUACAACACCCAUUUUCUCUCUCCUCUGAUCUCAACAAACAAUGAAAAUCCUUCAUAUUCCUUGUUUGGAUGACAACUACUCUUACUUGAUUAUUGAUGAGCAGACGAAGGAAGCUGCAGUUGUUGAUCCAGUUGAACCAGAGAAGGUUCUAGAAAUUGCUAAGAACAAUGAUGCCAAUGUCAAAUUUGUUCUCACUACUCACCAUCACUGGGAUCAUGCCGGUGGAAAUGAUAAGAUAAGAGAGCUGGUUCCUAGCAUCAAGGUUUAUGGUGGUUCGAUUGAUAAUGUGAAAGGAUGCACUAAUAGAUUGGACAAUGGUGAUAAGGUCUCGCUGGGAGCUGAAGUCAACAUCUUGUCUCUUCAUACACCUUGCCACACCAAAGGUCAUAUAAGUUACUAUGUGACUGGCAAAGAAGAUGAGAGCCCUGCUGUUUUCACUGGAGACACUAUGUUCAUUGCUGGUUGUGGCAAAUUUUUUGAGGGUACAGCAGAGCAGAUGUAUCAGUCACUCUGCGUGACAUUGGGUUCUUUGCCAAAGCUGACUAGAGUUUAUUGCGGUCAUGAGUACACAGUGAAGAACCUUCAAUUUGCUUUGACAGUUGAACCCGAAAAUGCAAAGAUAGCGGAGAAAUUGGCAUGGGCUCAGAACCAGCGAAAUGCUGGCUUGCCUACUAUUCCAUCAACCAUUGCGGAGGAGCUAGAAACUAACCCAUUCAUGCGGGUUGAUAUACCUGAGAUUCAGCAAAAACUUGGUCUCAACUCCCCAGUAGAAGCCCUUCGCGAAAUAAGGAAACUUAAAGAUAACUGGAGAGGCUAACGGAGGGCUUACCAACGGGUGUGUAAUUCUAGUCUGUAAAUUUAUGGAUGUCGUUCUUGAUCAGAGUCAGCAUUUUAAUAAAUCUCUGGCAUCCAACUUUCCAAAUUUUCUGGAAAUAAUAAUGUACUUUUCAAGGAGAGCUUAAGAAAUAUUUUACCACUUUAUUAGACUGCAUUAGUUUUAGUCAAGAGAUGAUGCUAGUAUUUGUGUGUCCUAAAGCAUUUCCCCCAUUUUCAGACACUUUAAUCAACAAUCAAUUCAUUUAAAACAAUGAUAAAGUAAA